AUGGAAAAUACAACAUAUCAACAUUUGCAGGACAUGGUGGAAGCAGUGCUAAUAUCAGCUGCCACUGAGGUAGCUCUUGAUUCCUGGGAGCCCAAUGCAAAGAUGAAAACUCAAACUAGGAUGAAACUUCGUGUUGAAUGCAGAAAAAGUUCAUGGGACCAAGGAUUCUUACCUCUGAUCAUCAAGAAUCUUGAAAUGAGUGACUCAGGAAAUUACAUCUGUGAUGUACAGAACAAGAAAGAGGUUCAGUUGCUGGUAUUUCGAUUGACUGUCAAACCUGGAGACCGCCUACGGAAGGGGGAGAAUCUGACCCUGGCAUUGGAUGGCCCUUCUGAUAGAGGACUUGUAGUGAAAUGGAAGGAUCCAUUUGGUAAAAUAAAGGGUACAGGGAAGACCUUCUAUCUGCCCCAAGUGGGGUUCCAGGAAAGUGGCACCUGGAUAUGUGACAUCACCCUGAACCAGAAGUCUCUGGAGCUCCACAUAAGCAUCAUGGUGCUGGAUUUCAAGGAGGACUCAAUCACAGUCUAUAAGAAAAAUGAUGACCCGGUGGAAUUCACCUCCGCACUGACCUUCGAUGAUGAAGAUCUGGGUGGAGAGCUGAAAUGGCAGGCAGAGGGGGCUUCGUCCCCCAAGUCCUGGAUCACCUUCUCCUACUCCUCGAAGGACAGGAAGGUGUCUACAUUAUCGGUGAUAGAUAAAAAAAAGUUCCAGAUGAGUGAGACGUUGCCACUCCGCGUGACUCUGCCCCACGCCUUGCCUGAAUAUGCUGGUUCUGGAGUAUUGACCCUAAAUCUUAAAAAUGGAAAUAUACACCAGAAGGUGAACCUUGUGGUGAUGAAAGUGACUCAAUCUGAGAGCCAUUUGAUCUGUGAAGUGCUGGGACCCACCUCCAACAUGAUGACCCUGAGCUUGCAGCAGAACCAGAAAGUAAAGGUCUCAGAGCAACAGAAGGUGGUGCAGAUGCCCAAACCUGAGAAUGGGACGUGGUUGUGUCAGCUGAGUAAAGGAAAAGAUGUCCUGCUGGAAUCCAAGGUCGAGAUUACAGUCAAUGAUGCUUCCUUUAGCCUGAGAGAUAAAAUCCUGGCUGCGGGAGUGAGUGGUGGCCUGCUUAUCAUUGUGGUCCUCCUCUCCUGUUGCUUUGUCAAGUGCAGGCACCGACGGCGCAAAGCAGAGCGGAUGUCUCAGAUCAAGAAGCUCCUCAGUGAGAAGAAGACUUGCCAGUGUCCUCACCGGCUCCAGAAGACAUGUAGCCUCAGUUAA